UCGUCGCUCUUACGAGGCACCUAAGUGAUGCGUCGCGGCGUUUACGUGUAGUCGUGACUCCGGUCUCGCGAGAUGAGAUUUGAAGCGUCGGGAUUUUGUGAAAGAGUGGGUGGAGGGAGCUUGCAGUGAACAGCUAUGCGGAAGGUGUAAGUGUCGAACCGGGACUGCGGGCUGUAUCAAGAAAAGCCCGGGCACGGUGCAUUUACGCGGAUUAGAGGAUGACGUUUGAACUCAGCCCCAGCCUGUCACAUUCUCAUACGGCUCUACCGGGACCGGGAAAACUGUGAUAAAACUAGGUGUAGAGAAAAGAUGCUGCUCUAGCAACCUCCCUCCUUCUGAAGUCUGCAGCUCACUGAAUGCAGAGGGCCUGGUAAUUGAUUGGUACCUGGUUUUAUUUGUGCCAAUCCCAGCAGUGCAACCUCAGGCUUCUCAGCAUCUUAUGAUAGCAGGCACCUUGCGUUGUACUAGUAAUACACGUCUUGACUUCUUAAAUAUAAUGACUUCUGAUCCACUUUCACAUUUAUUAGUCUGUGCAUGAGCACAAGGCUCUAAACCCUAAUCCUCCCCUAUGGAUCAUUUCAAUGGAGCCCCUCAGAUCUCUCCUCUCUUUGUCUGGCAGCAGCAAAACUACCUUUGGGGCAACUAGGGCUGGUGGAAAUGCCUCAGCGUUACCUGUGCCGUUGGUUUCAGAGGAGGAUGAAGAACAGGAGGAGAGAGGCAGUACACCGACUAGACAGGAUUGUAUGGAAGAAGAGGAUGACGGCGGAGGAGGAUCUGGUGAAGUUGCCAUUGCAGAACAGCCUUCGUCCUCCUCCUCCGCAACUAACCCUUUGUACUGGACGGCUGUGUUUGACUAUGAGGCAUCUGCAGAGGAUGAGCUGACCUUGCGUCUGGGUGACCUGGUCCAGGUUCUGUCCAAAGACUUCAGUGUGUCUGGCGAUGAGGGAUGGUGGACUGGAAAGAUCCAAGAUCGUGUGGGCAUCUUUCCCAGUAACUAUGUAACCAGGACACAGAGCUUCUCCAGCAAGCUACAGGGAAAGAGGGUGGAAGAGCUCCCCUGCUACCCAGCCUCAGCUUUGCAAUUAGAAGAAAUAGACUUUUCAGAGCUGGUCUUAGAAGAAAUCAUUGGAAUUGGAGGUUUCGGGAAGGUGUACCGUGCCAUCUGGGGACAGGAGGAGGUGGCUGUGAAAGCGGCCCGCCAUGACCCUGAUGAAGAUAUUAGCCAGACUAUUGAGAAUGUCAGGCAAGAAGCCAAACUCUUUGCAAUGCUUGAUCACCCAAACAUCAUCGCUCUUAAAGGAGUUUACUUAAAGGAGCCCAACCUGUGCUUGAUCAUGGAGUUUGCCCGGGGUGGAUCCCUAAACAGGGUGCUGUCUGGGAAGAAGAUUCCCCCUGAUAUCCUGGUGAACUGGGCAGUACAAAUUGCCAGAGGGAUGAAUUACUUGCACAAUGAAGCCAUUGUUCCUGUUAUACAUCGGGAUCUCAAGUCCAGCAAUAUUUUAAUUCUGCAAAUGGUAGAAGAUGGGGACCUGAGUAACAAAAUAUUGAAGAUCACAGACUUCGGCCUGGCAAGGGAGUGGCAUAGGACCACAAAGAUGAGCGCAGCUGGCACCUAUGCAUGGAUGGCACCAGAAGUCAUUCGCUCUUCUAUGUUCUCCAAGGGAAGUGAUGUGUGGAGCUAUGGAGUGCUGCUGUGGGAACUUCUAACUGGGGAGGUACCAUUCCGUGGGAUUGAUGGCCUAGCCGUGGCUUAUGGUGUUGCCAUGAAUAAACUGGCUCUUCCAAUACCUUCAACGUGUCCGGAACCUUUUGCAAGACUGAUGGAAGACUGUUGGAACCCUGAUCCUCAUUGCCGACCUCCAUUCACCAACAUAUUGUUCCAGCUUACCACUAUAGAGGAAUCUGGCUUCUUUGAGAUGCCCAAGGAGUCAUUCCAUUCACUGCAGGAAGAUUGGAAGCGUGAGAUCCAAGAGAUGUUUGAUCAGCUCAGGGCUAAAGAAAAGGAGUUGCGGAGCUGGGAAGAAGAACUGUCCCGGGCUGCAUUAGAACAGAAAAACCAUGAGGAACUGCUGAGAAGGAGGGAGCAAGAGCUGGCCGAGCGGGAGAUCGACAUUCUGGAACGGGAGCUGAACAUCAUCAUUCACCAACUUUGUCAAGAGAAACCCAAAGUGAAGAAGCGAAAAGGGAAGUUUAAGAAAAACAAACUAAAGCUCAAGGAUGGCAACAUUAUCAGCUUGCCUUCUGAUUUCCAACACAAAUUCACUGUGCAAGCUUCUCCGACCAUGGACAAAAGGAAGAGUUUGAUCAAUACAAAGUUCAGCCCCCCUGCAAGUCCGACAAUAAUCCCACGGCUGCGAGCCAUUCAGUUGACUCCUGGAGAUUCUAACAUCACAAAGAAUUGCAGCACUGCCGGCCUAAAGGAUGAAAGUGAAGAGGAUGAAAAGAAAGAGACAAAGAAGAAAGUCCGCACAUGGGCAUCAGGAGCACUGGGCAGCAGAGACUCUGGGGCAGGAGAAGAAGGUCUUAUUAGAGUUUCUGUCGAUGGAUUAAAGCCCAGUUCUCCUAACACAUCAAACCACCGGAAGCCCCUCAGAACUUCCUCAACACCUGGCUUCAAUGCUGUAAUCGAAACAGGGGUGGAGAAUAAUGCUGACACUGCAAACCAGACUGACACAAAAGAGGUCCAAACACCUACCCCAAACAAAUCCUACCUCUGCAUUCCAUUCCAUAAAGGAGAAGAUGUGGAGGGGCCCUUUAGCGACGCCAGUGAAAAUCCCACACCUGUGAAUUCUGCAAACAGCACCCCACAGCUUACUCCCACCAAUAGCCUCAAGCGUGGAUCCCAGCAUAAGAGGUGCUCAUUAGUUCUCCUUGGUUGUGGGUCUCUCCUUGCUACUGUAGGUUUAGGCUUUGACCUUAUGGAAGCAGGCAAGUGCCAGUUAGGUCAAGAAGAACCAGAACCAAAGGAAGAGAAGAAAAAAAAGGAAACUUUUUUUCAGCGUGCUGCCCGUCCCAGGAGAAGCACCAGCCCUCCGUCAAAAAAACUCUUUAGAAAAGAAGAGUCUCCAUCUCAUCCAGCUGAACCCACAACGUCUCUCACUCUGCAGUCUUUGUCUUCCAUAUCUGAAUGUAAUUCUACACGCUCAUUGCUACGCUCCGAUAGUGACGAGCUUAUAGUAUACGAAAUGCCCACUUCUCCAGUGGAGGAACAGCCGCCGGUUGUUAUUAGUCCAUUAGUCAAUGUGCACAUAGAAACAUUUAAACGGGAUCCCAACCAGUCCCUCACACCAACCCAUGUAACUAUGAAUUCCAGAGUCCAUCAGGCACACAGAAGGACUCCUUCUGAUGGAGCUAUUAAGGCAGUCUCUGUAAUUGCUAAUGGAACAUCACCUAAUAAUUGCUUUGUAAGCUGUACGGGAACAAGUAAUGUACCUUCCCCAAGUCGAGACAUGCACGAUUUCCCACGUCUCCCAGAUCCCAACCUCAUUUUUCCUCCUACCCCCCGGCGCUGGAACAUACAGCAGGACUCUGCUUUGGAAAGGCCUAAGACCUUGGAAUUUGUUGCAAGGCCACGACCUUCCACUAACAGGCAAAGACUUGACUCUUGGUGGUUUGUUUCUCCCAGCAGAAACCGCAGUGAGUCUCCUGCUAACAGCUCAUGCACUGAUACUCCAAGCAAUCUGGAUUCUUGCUUUGCCAGCAGCAGUGGCAGCACUGUGGAAGAGAGACCUGCCUUUACGGGCUUCCUUCCAUUCCAGGUGGCUCACCCCAUCAUUGAACGGACUCUGCUGGAUGCGGAUGUAGAAGGCCAGAGCCAGGACAGCACUAUUCCUUUAUGCAGAACCAAACCUAACACUUCUAAAACAGCAACCUGUGAACAAAAACCAGAUUUUUGGUCUUAAAGAUUGGCUCAUUCAUUACGCUAGCCUAAAACAAGAUACAGCCACAAAUCUUGCACUGAAUGCACUUUGAGGAUUUGAUGAAAUCACUGGAAGUCUAUAUGAGAUUUAGUCAAUACGCUGCUUGACCAGUUAACCACAGCUGUUUCAUUCCUAGGCAGUGACCUCUCUGAAAUCCUCUAUAGCCUGCAAGAAUUCACUAGAAAAUCUUUUUUUUUUUUUUUUUUAAUAUUUUUUUAACCACUAUAUUAUGUUAACGUGAACAAAAUUCCCAAAUAUUCGCCAUUUGUCCAUAUUUCCAUUAUGUUUUGUGCUUCGUGUUAUCUAUCACUCACUCUGUGAGCAGCCCAUUUGCCAGUGAUACACACAGAAGCAGCAGAAGUCAAGUUGACUUUUCAAGUGCCAUUUCCUCCACGUGGCUCAAGUCUUUUCUGAUAUAUGCAAAUGGGAUUAUGGGAUUUUCUCUGCAGUAUUUUUUCUGCAUAUUCCAAAACAGGUCGCUCACACUGGUCACUGGGUUCCCUGGCCUUGGCCAGUAAACCCUGCACUGACACUCCUAAUAUUUUCCCUCUGGCAAUAUUAAUGUCGAACAUAGCUGUGCAUUUUACACUGGACCAACCCCAAAGACGAGGAGCAUUAAAAUUAGGAAAAGAUAUUGCUUGGACGUAACUGGAACGUAACCCUGUUUGUGCGUCUGCAUUGCCGCUCUCCAUGUUCUUGUUGCCCUCUGUCAUGCUGUUGUUUGUGUUAUCUGUUGUUCAGACUGAGGUUUUAGCAUUUUCUCUUGAAUGGGCAUACAUUUAGUGCCAUGAAAAUAUUCUUCUGUAGCUGCAUGGAUAUAUUAUAAAUUAAGUACAAAACAUCCAUAUAUGGCCUCUUGGCUACAACAACAUAAGAAUGAUGAAUGUGACCUGCAGUGCACUGCUAUAAUUGAGGGGCCAUGUUAAAGGGCAAGUACUCCGGCUCCAUUAUGGACAGUGCAGUGCUGCUCACUUUUCCCCAGUCUUACUUUAUGCUUUAAGACAAACCAGAUAUUAGCUCGUAUGUGUGUGUGCGAUUGUUCCUAUGUAUGGGGCGUGUCAUAUUUGUUUGUGUGUUGUCUGACCCUUUGGAAAUUAUUUUCUAAAGAGGAAUAUUUUCCUUUUUAUUUAUUUUUUUUUAAAGACCGCUCCAUGUCUAAUAUUCCGAAUCCAAAUUAGUGUCAUUGUGGGCAGAUUCUUAAAGUAGAACUAAAGCCUAACUAAGUAGCUAGAA